CCCUACAGAAAGAGAAGACCAAGGGGUAAGACUGUAAAUAUAGAUCAUAUUUUGUCUAUUUUUGGAAUUCAUUUCCUAUAACUAGCUCAUUCUUGCUCCACACUUGCAGCAACAGAAUUUGUGUUAUGCCAAUGGCUAAGCUUAGUGCAUCAACUGCAAAAUUUGAGCUUUCAUCUAGACUACUAUGUCUAUUGUUUUUAGUACUAUUUUUCUGUUUUCUUCAUUCAACACACUCCGAAAUCAUAUUCGAAGAGCGAUUUGAAGAUGAAUGGAAGAGUAGAUGGGUAGUGUCAGACUGGAAAAGAGCUGAAGGGAAAGCAGGAACGUUCAAGCACACAGCAGGGAAAUGGGCUGGUGAUCACGACGACAAAGGUAUUCAGACCACAGUUGAUGCAAGGCAUUCAGCAAUAUCAGCAAAAAUACCAGAAUUCACAAAUAAGAACAGAACAUUGGUUCUUCAGUAUUCCAUAAAGUUUGAACAGGACAUUGAAUGUGGUGGUGGUUACAUAAAGCUUCUGUCUGGAUUUGUCAAUCAAAAGAAAUUUGGAGGAGAUACUCCUUACAGUUUGAUGUUUGGACCAGAUAUAUGCGGCACAGAUACAAAAAAGCUUCAUCUAAUAUUAUCCUAUCAAGGCCAAAACUAUCCAAUAAAGAAAGAUCUGCAAUGCGAAACUGAUAAAUUAACACAUUUCUACACCUUUAUACUUAGGCCAGAUGCUACUUACAGCGUCCUAAUCGAUAAUCGAGAGAGAGAUUCGGGAAGUCUCUACACAGAUUGGGAUAUCCUUCCUCCACGAAAGAUCAAAGAUGUUAAAGCCAAAAAGCCUGCAGAUUGGGAAGAAAGAGAAUACAUCGACGAUCCUGAUAAUGUCAAACCUGAGGGUUAUGAUUCAAUUCCACCAGAAAUUCCAGACCCAAAUGCCAAACAGCCCGCUGAUUGGGACGAAGAAGAGGAUGGCUUAUGGAAACCUCCAAAAGUACCAAACCCAGAAUACAAGGGACCAUGGAAGAGAAGGAAAAUCAAGAACCCAAACUACAAGGGAAAGUGGAAGACUCCAUGGAUUGACAAUCCAGAAUUUGAAGAUGAACCUGAUCUCUAUGUGCUUAAGCCUAUCAAAUAUGUCGGUAUCGAAGUCUGGCAGGUAAAAGCAGGAUCAGUGUAUGACAAUAUAUUGAUAUGUGAUGAUCCAGAGUAUGCCAAACAAGUAGUUGAUGAAGUAUUUGCCAACAGAGAGAUGGAAAAAGAGGCAUUUGAAGAAGCGGAAAAAGUGAGAAAAGCAGAAGAAGAAGCGGAAGCUGAAAGAGCGAGAGCUGAAGGUGAAAGGAGGAGAAGAGAAAGGGGUUAUGAUCGACAUUCACGAUACAAGGAUCGUUACAGAGACCGUUACAGACGUCAUCAUCACCGUGAUUAUUUAGACGAUAAGUAUCAUGAUGAACUUUAAGGGCUCUUCGAAUGUUGCGUAGUGGCCCUCUGAAUGUCAAAGACACAUUUUUGUAUCAGCUCCUGUUUUUCGUCGAUCUGUCAAGUGCAGUUGUAUUCUUUUCAAUUUAAGAAAAGAAAAGGAAAACUUUUGGAUUGUAUGAGUUACCUAAAGAAAUGUUUCCACCAUUAUUUCGAGUUGUACGAGUUCCCGAGAACGAAUACCACAGAUAAGUAACAAUGAUACAGCAUAUAUAUGGUAUUU